AUAGCAUCCGCGCAGCAGAUUCAGGUGAAGAAGACUCAGUAGCUGGACGAUGCGACUAAUCCAAGAAACCGCAAACUGUGGCACGAAAAAAACUGUUUAGCUUUCGGGAAACCUUUUCAAGAGAUUCGUUAUCACUUCUACGAAUCAUUUUACGUCAUACAUCGCCGAAGCUGUUUUAGGUUCCUUAGACCCAUUGUAGUGCUCUUCAGCCACACACUAUGGUGGACUACUACCAGAUUCUAGGAGUACGGAGAGAUGCGUCUGCAGAGGACAUAAAGAAAUCGUACAGAAAACUGGCCCUGAGGUGGCACCCCGAUAAAAACCCAGAAAACAAAGAAGACGCUGAGAAGAAAUUCAAGGAGCUGUCAGAGGCUUAUGAAGUCCUGUCAGAUGUGAACAAGAGAAGCACAUAUGAUCUAUAUGGCAAAGAAGGACUGACGAGGGGUGCUCGAGGGAGAGGUGGGCACUUCCACAAUGAAGAUCAUUUCCAAGAACCCUUCACAUUCCGUAACCCAGAAGAUGUCUUCAGGGAGUUCUUUGGAGGCAGGGACCCAUUUGCAGACCUUUUCGGUGCAGAUCCAUUUGGUGAUGAUCCUUUUUUUGGCAGCGGACGGCGCCAUCAAAGUCGCACAAGUCGAAACCGGACAGGGGGCUCAUUUUUGGGGGGCUUUGUAGGUUUUCCACCCUUUGGUGCCGGCUUCUCGCCUUUUGACCCAGGCUUUGGUACGUUUGGCUCCAUGAGCCCCAUGGGUCACAUGGGUCAUAUGGGUCACAUGGGUCAGAUGACGACCAUGGGUAGUCUCGGGGGCGGGGGCUUCACCGCUUUCUCCAGCAGCUCCUUUGGGGGAGGUGGGGGAGGAGGCAUGGGUAACUUCCGUUCUGUGUCUACUUCGACAAAAAUCAUCAAUGGCAGGAAGAUCACGACUAAAAGGAUCAUUGAGAAUGGUCAAGAGCGGGUUGAGGUGGAAGAGGACGGCCAGCUGAGGUCACUAACCAUCAAUGGUAAAGAGCAGCUGUUACGACUGGAACACAAAUAAUAAACCACAAGUUACCUCAGCACAAUACCAAGAAACUUGAGCUUGAAACAAAACAUUGGCAACAACAAAAAGCAACAAAGAGUUGUAAUAAUAGUGUGGGCUUUUUUUUGUUUUUUUUAUGUAUAUACAUUAGUUGUGUUUAAUUCCAUUGAUAGUCCCCUCUGGCAGAUCUUGUGAUCUAAAGUUUAACAUCUGUGAAUUUGGUUGACUUAUGCGUUAUGUUUAACUAGUUCUGAACUGAAACUGGCCUUGAAUUUUAGGGUUAGUAUUGAUGCUUCAGUGUGUGGGACCACAAUGUUAUGACCCCUGACCCUACUAAUAUUUUGUGUCCACUCCUUGUGUGUGUCUGACAGCUCACGGCAUUCCAAAAAUGUAACUCAGCUUGUAAAUAUUACAAAAGUGUCAAAUUGAAUUAUAUAAUGUGGGUAGAUAUAUAAAGCAUUAUGCCCUCUGUUUAUUGCUUGUUUAACCUUGUUCUUAAUUACCUUUUUUUUUUUUUUUUUUUUUUUUAAAUUCCAGCGCUGGUACGAUGUAUUUUUCUAUCUUUUAUUUAAUGAUGCAUGUAUACCUGUUGAUGUUAAGUCUUAAUGUUAAAGCUGCACUAUGAUGCACAAAUACCAUGAGUCAUUCUAUACAUUUUCCUGUAUUUCAGACGUUCAGACGUUUAGCGUACUUUGUAAACCAAUAAAUUUAAGUUUCAUUCUGAA